UGUCAGCGCCAGCCAUUGCACGCCUCAAAUCCCACUCUUGUAAUUACUGUUUUUAAUGAAAUGAGAGAUGCCCUUAACUGAAAUUUGACAAAAAUGUAAUUCCCACACAUCAAAAUUCAGACACAACUCAGAUUCCAUGUUUUAAAUAAAUUAGACAGAGCAGAAUAGGAAAGAAAUAGUAGCAGCGGGAUGAGCGCCACCAGCUGUUUGUCAUUAUUGUUUUUGUUUUUUAACGAGGAGGAGCUUCACCGCUCUCCCCUUCUAAUUCUGCCUCCGACUCAAGUCAAGUGCCCUUGAAUUCUGUUCUUGGUAAUACCUAUAUAUGCAUUGCAUUGUUCAAGAGAAUAUAAAAAUGUGUUCUUGGAACUAGUGGAGGAGUAGCUGAAGAGAUUUGAGAAGAACCCUUUUGGUUUUGGUUUUGGUUUUGGUUUUUCUUCAUUCUUGGGAGCUAGUUACUAUGGCCGAAGGAAUCUGUCUUUUCACCAAGAAAUUGAAGGUUUGAGUUCAAUAGAUGGUUGGGUUGUUACUAAAAUGAGGUUUUGAGCUUGUAUCCUUGGUUAGUUUCAAUGAAGGAUUCCAUAAUCAUAAAACCUCCCAAGAAAUCUCCGGCUUCGAUGAGGAUGCUAGUCAUAGUAUUUGCUAUGGCCUGUGGUAUUUAUAUCUGUUCAAUAUGUUUAAAACAAACAAAGUACCACGACAUCGAAGUUAGUCAGAGGCAAUGUCUUGAUAGCGCCAUUAGUAGGCCUCAAACUCCAAUCUGGCACUAUCCGAAGCCCACUUCAUUUAGCAGGGCUGAAUGUGCUAAUAAUCCAGUGCGGCUUUUUGCUAUUCUAUCGAUGCAAAGAUCUGGAAGCGGAUGGUUUGAGACAUUGUUGAACAACCAUACCAAUGUAAGCUCAAACGGGGAGAUAUUUUCUGUUAAAGAAAGAAGAAGCAAUGCUUCUUCAAUCAUGUGGACUCUGGAUAGAGUUUACAAUUUGGACCUGUUCACAAGUGCUUCCAAGAAUGAAUGCUCUGCCGCAGUUGGCUUCAAGUGGAUGCUUAACCAGGGGUUGAUGCAGUACCACAAGGAAAUUGCAGAUUACUUCAACGACAGAGGUGUUUCUGUAUUAUUCCUUUUCCGGAGAAAUCUUCUUAGGCGGAUGGUUUCUGUUCUUGCCAAUUCUUACGACCGCUAUGCUAAACUCCUAAAUGGGACUCACAAGUCUCACGUGCACUCACAUGAGGAGGCUGAGGCUCUGUCCAAAUAUAAACCAGAAAUCAACGCAACAUCGUUAGUGAAGGAUUUAAAGACCAUGGAGAAUAUGGUCUUGGAGGCGCUGGAGUAUUUCAGCAGCACAAGGCAUAUGAUUUUAUAUUACGAAGAUCUCAUAAUGAAUCGAACCAAACUGAUGGAUGUUCAAAGAUUUCUUGGGCUACCGGAAAUGGAUUUAAGCAGUCGGCAAGUGAAGAUACACCGAGGAUCAUUGUCGGAGCAUAUCAAGAAUUGGGAUGACAUCGACAAGACUCUACGAGGAACGGUAUACGAAAGCUUCCUCAGCACUGACUACAGCAAUGAGAGUUAGAUUCCAUUCAUUUGAAACUGAUGUAUUGUAGGAGAAUUUCACAUUUUUCGCAGGUGAUCAAUGCAAUUGUUGAUCUCUGUUUUUUCUUAGCCUUUUUCUUUUCCUUUAACUUUAUUAUUUUCCAAGGCACAUAGGAUGUAUAGGUCUGUGAUUUGUGCAUAGACAGAGAUGUGAAGCCAACCUACAGCGCCAUCAUUCGAUUUCAUCUGUGCAUUUUUAUCCAGGCACAAUAUUCUAUUGC